ACAGAGGGACUGUGAAAUAAAAAGGAAAAGAGUGACUUGAGCUGUCAGUCCAAGGAAGACUAGCAAGAAGCCAGCAACAUGCCUGAGCCCACAGGAGAGUUGCCUCCAGCGGAGGAAGGAACAGGAGAGAAUGUGCCACAGGAGUUAACAGGACUGUUUGUGGAGAAGCCAGAAAGUGUUACUGCCACGGCAGGUAAAGAUGUAGCAUUUGUGGUUAAGGUGGAUUCCACUAAUUUAACCCGGAAACCCACCUUGAAGUGGUUGAAGGGAAAGUGGAUGGAUCUCGGCAGUAAAGCAGGAAAACAUUUUCAGUUUAAAGAGACAUAUGACAGAAACACUAAGAUCUACACCUAUGAGUUGAAGAUUGUCAAGGUAGUCGCAGGAGAUGCAGGUGGAUACAGGUGUGAAGUAUCUGCUAAAGACAAAUGUGACAGCUGUUGCUUUGAGAUCACUGUGCAGGCUGUUGAACAAGAGGAGGAAGCAGAUAUUCUGUCUGCAUUCAAAAGAGCUGAUGCUGGAGAAGAUGAUGGAAGUUUGGACUUCAGCGCUCUUCUAAAAGCCGCCAAAAAAAAAAAGAGGCCCGAGCCAGAGCUGGAGGUGGAUGUUUGGGAGCUUCUGAAGAGCGCUCACCCCAGCGAGUAUGAGACGAUUGCGUUUAAAUACGGCAUCACUGACCUGCGUGGAAUGCUGAAAAGACUGAAGAAGAUGAAGGUUGUGGAGCCCAAGGUCAGCGAUGAAUUCCUGAAACGGUUGGAUUCCGCGUACUCUGUAAAUAAGGGAAAGAAGAUAGUCCUGUCUGUGGAGGUGACCGAUCCUGACGCUGAGGUCAAAUGGCUGAAGAACGGCCAGGAGAUCAAACCUUCCACUAAAUACAUCAUGGAGGCCAUUGGCAACAUUCGAACUCUCACGAUUAAUAAAUGCAGUCUGGCGGAUGACGCGGCGUAUGAAUGUGUGGUGGGAAAUGAUAAAUGUUUCACUGAGGUCUUUGUUAAAGAACCUCCGAUCACCAUCACCAAACUGUUGGAUGACUAUCAUGUUGUGGUUGGAGAAAGAGUGGAGUUUGAGAUAGAAGUGUCUGAGGAGGGGGCGCAUGUCAUCUGGAUGUUUGAAAAUGUGGAGCUGACACGUGAAGAUAAAAGCGGGAAGUACCGGUUUAAGAAAGAUGGCAAACGUCAUUUGUUUAUUAUCCAAGAGGCUCAACUCGAGGACAACGGGAUGUAUUUCGUCUACACUAAUGGAGGCCAGUCUAAAGGAGAACUCAUCGUUGAAGAGAAGGAACUGCAGGUCUUGCAAAGUAUUGCAGAUCUUACAGUCAAAUCAGCGGAGCAGGCGAUGUUUAAGUGUGAGGUGUCAGACGAGAAGGUCACUGGGAAAUGGUUUAAAGAUGGCGUGGAGGUUCAAGCGAGUGACCGCAUCAAGAUUUCUCAUGUUGGCAGGAUUCAUCGUUUGACUAUUGAUGAUGUAAAGCCAGGAGAUGCCGGCGACUACACAUUUGUCCCAGAGGGAUAUGCGCUUUCAUUAUCUGCUAAACUCAACUUCCUGGAAAUCAAGAUCGACUACGUUCCCAGACAAGAUCCUCCGAAGAUUCAUCUGGAUGUAGCCGGUAACAUGGUUUCCCAGAACACCAUCAUCGUUGUUGCCGGAAACAAGCUUCGUCUGGAUGUGGAAAUCACAGGAGAGCCGGCGCCCACCGUCUGCUGGAUGAAGGGAGACAAGCUGGUGACAGAAGUGGAGGGACGUGUGCGCGUGGAGAGCCGUAAAGAUCUGAGCUGCUUCGUCAUUGAGGGCGCCGAACGAGAAGAUGAGGGAAACUACACCAUCACCGUCACCAAUCCUGCAGGAGAAGACAAAGCAAACCUUUUCAUCAAAAUCGUAGAUAUUCCUGACCCGCCAGAGAAUGUGAAGUGUACUGGAGUUGGCGAAGAUUGUGCCACAAUCAUAUGGGAGCCUCCGAAGUUUGAUGGAGGAGCACCUUUAAAGGGUUAUCUGAUGGAGAGAAAGAAGAAGGGUUCAUCGAGAUGGACGAAGCUUAAUUUUGACGUCUACGAGAGCACAACGUACGAAGCCAAGCGCAUGAUUGAGGGCGUCCUGUACGAGAUGAGAGUUUUCGCAGUCAACGGAAUCGGGAUUUCAGCUCCAAGUCUCAAUUCCAAAUCAUUCAUGCCCAUCGCGCCCACUAGCGAGCCCACCAAACUGACGGUGGCUGAUGUAACAAACACAACAUGCUCGCUGAAGUGGUUGGCACCCGAGAAGAUCGGAGCUGGAGGUCUGGAUGGAUACAUGGUAGAAUACUGCAAAGAGGGAGAAACAGAGUGGCAUCCUGCUAACACAGAUGUGAUUGAGCGUCAGAAUUAUGUGGUGAGAAAUCUGCCCACCGGAGAGAUGAUGAACUUCCGCGUGGUGGCUGUAAACAUUGCGGGAAGCAGUCCCCCUGCCCUGCUCGGACAGCCUGUCACCCUCAGAGAGAUUAUGGAACAUCCCAAGAUUCGUCUGCCCCGUGAGCUUAGAACCAAAUACAUCAGAAAAGUUGGAGAGAAGAUCAACCUGGUCAUCCCAUUCCAGGGAAAGCCCAGACCUGUCGCUCAGUGGUUAAAGGACGGACAGCCCGUGGACGAAAAGAAAGUGGGAGUCAGGAACUCAAACGUGGACUCCAUCCUUUUUAUCCGCUCUGCUGAAAGAGAUCACUCAGGAAAAUACACGCUCAUCUUAAAAAUCGAGAACAUGGAGGACACGGCCACAUUUGAGAUUCGUGUCAUUGAUAAUCCAGGACCUCCAACCCAAGUCCACGUGACCGACAUCUGGGGAUUCAACGCCGCUUUGGAAUGGAAAGCUCCCAAAGAUGACGGCAACACGGAGAUCACCGGAUACACAAUUCAGAAGGCUGACAAAAAAACCAAGGAGUGGUUUACCGUGUAUGAACACAAUCGCCGUACCAACUGCACGGUCUCUGAUCUUAUCAUCGGAAAUGAGUACAUGUUCCGCGUCUACAGCCAUAACCUCUGCGGUCUCAGUGAAGAGCCCUGUAUGAGCAAGAACACAGCCAUCAUUCCAAAAACGGAUUUGGAGCUUAAACGUGCUCCCUUCAAAGAGAAGGAUAUGAGCUCUGCUCCGAAAUUCACUGCCCCACUGUUGGACAGAUCCGUCACGAUGGGAUACUCUACUGCCAUCAGCUGCUCAGUACGAGGCUUCCCCAAGCCAAAGAUUAUCUGGAUGAAGAACAAGAUGAUAAUAGGUGAUGAUCCAAAGUUCCUGAUGCAGAAUAACCAGGGAGUUUUGACUCUAAACAUCCGUAAACCCAGCACCUUUGACACCGGAAAAUACUCCUGCAAGGCUGUAAAUGACCUCGGAGAAGAUUUCGUGGAAUGUAAACUGGAAAUCAGAGCUACCCCCAUAGAGAAGAAAGAAUAGUACGGAUGGAAACCGCUUCACCAAUGUCGAUGACAUGGAGGGGAAAUGACAUAAUUUGAAAGAUAUAUAUACGUUUUAAAAUCAUUUGUGUUUGCCAGAAUGUUGUGUUUCCUUGUAUGAGGAAAUAGUGUCUCUUAAUUCUAACGCUGGGUCACGUGUGCUUAGCUUUGAUUCUGAUUUUGUAGCUUUUGAAGGAUUUGAAUAAACGCUAGGUUGACUGCA